AUGUCGACUGACGAUUAUGAACAAGAGAAACCUUGGGAACUCAAAGACGACUUCAAGUAUUCUCCUGAAAAACCGGAAGGCGAUUCAUGGACUCUGCUUGGGGCACCUUUGAUGGAAAAGGACGAAAAACUGUGCAAAAUAUUACGAGACGAAGUGAAUAACCUGCUGUUAUUUUUCCCUAAGGCCGGUCUUUUCUCCGCUGUUGUUACAGCCUUCGUCGUGGAGUCAUAUCAUAAUCUACAGCCGGAUCCCAACGACGAUGUGAUCCUUCUACUUUCAAGAAUAUCGGAAAGCCUUGUUGGUGGCGAAAAUACAUCGAGCACUACCGGAAACUUUCUUCCCUCAGCCUCAUUCUCCCCAAGUCAGUCAGCGGUUCGCGUCAACAUUACAUGGUUCACAAGCUUGAUAUUCAGCUUGAUUAGCGUCCUCGUGUCUAUUGUUGCUCUACAAUGGCUUCGGUCUCAUCAAACAUACUUUGGAUUAUCACCCAGAGACACGCUCGCCGUCUUGAACAUGCGCUCGGAAGCCUUGCAGAAAUGGCAAGUUGCAACAAUUAUCAUGAGUUUGCCUGUCCUACUGGAGGUCUCUGUAUUGCUGUUCUUUUCUGGAAUGGUUGAUUUCCUUAUUUCACUUGGCAACACUCCAGUAGUCAUUGCAGUCUCAACUACCAUUGGUCUGGCAGUGCUCUUUCUUCUCGUCACCACCACGUUGCCCACUGUCCAGACGUUGAAACUUCGUUUUGCCGCCUUGCACCCUCACGGUACUUUGGGUAAAAGACCACCUCCGUCACAGUCAACUAAUAAACGACCUCCGCAUAACCAAGCACUUCUCUACCAUCUAUCCACUACAUAUUCACAGGAAACAUGGCUGGGUAUUGAUUUGGCUUGGCUUGGUAUUCGCGACGCCGCUGAACACGGUGCAUCGCUGGCUGAACCAGACAUAGGCGAACUAGAUCGAUAUUCGCUCAGCGAGCGCAGUUUGCCUUUGUAUGAUAUCGUUCAAGGCUUUCAAAAGGCCGCCGGGGCCGACUAUACCCAUAUAUUUGGCUCUGCGGUGUACCACUGUUUUCAAGAGCUAUCUUACGCCUCUGUCAUGACCUUCGCGAUGAAGCGUUUUGGUCUUCGCAUUUUUCGGACCACCAAUACCUGGGACGUUAUCUCACAGCAUAUUCUAGAUCGAAAUAAAUACUUCCAAUCGCUAUUCUAUGCUCUGACAGAUUAUUUUAAAUACGCAUCCACUGCAUCAGCAGCCACCGUCACACCUAGGUCACUACACGUCCAUGCUGACGUUGUCGAGUUCCUUGAGAACGCCAGUUGGGAAAUGUACCGCAGCAUUACCACUUUCUCCCUUUCACGCAUGGCAUCAGAGGAUCGGCUCAAGGUUUGCAAAGCGUUCAAUAGGGUCAUAGACUGUUUGUCCGACCUUAUGCAAGUGAAAGACCUGAACCACGACACAUCGGAAACGUUGUCGGACAUCCCGAUUUCAGUAUACCUACUCUAUUCCGCGUCGAUUUAUACCAGGCGUCUCUUCGCCCUCACGCAGUCAAUGCUAACAGAGCCGGGCUUGCUGCUUACACUUCCCGAAGACACAACAAAUAAAAUUUCCUCCCUUCUUUGCACAAUAGAUUUAUAUCGCAGUCGCUCGUCAAUCGACCUUACGACAAACGGCUUGGCUAUUCUACUCGAAAGAAAAUUUAGGGGCGUAGAUCGGUAUGGAAACGUGCCUCGGUUUACCCUGGAGUGGUGGUUAUUCCUUGAUAGCAAUUCGGAGAACUCAAAUCGGCAUGUGGGGCGAUUCAAGGCUAUGUGGUACGAGGAGAUGUUCCACGAUCAGUUGAAGCGCCUCACAAGCGCAUAUUACACCGCUCCAUUGAGGACAUUGCAAAACUCUGUCUUGGUAGAUGGCCGCCGUGAUUUUUCAACGCAAGCCGAUAAUUUCACUGAAACAGGGAGUUUCACGGUGCAGAUUCUACCUUCUGUAUAG